AUGCGUGUCUCCCUAACCACCAUCUUCUCCUCCCUGCUCUGUACCGUCUUGGUCUCAUCCCAGGACCUCGACACCUUCGACAAGAAAUGUGUCGAGAAUUAUGGUGUUCCAUCAGCAGACCCUGUUCCCGGCUCUUUCUCCAAUGACGACUGUACGGAUGUCGACGGGACACGUGGUGCCAUACAAACUGCUGUAGACAAACUCGGUGAUAUGAAUAUUUACGCUGUCACCAAGCAGGUUGUGAACGGUAUUAACUAUGUCAUCUUUGUUACUCGCAACGAACGAACAUAUCGAGUUCCUGUUUACCAAGAUCUGACAGGAACCUAUUCUCUUCAGGAAGAAGAAAUCUGCUACCUCCCAUUCGAUGACAGUACUAGUGGCGCGAUAUCGUCCACCUUGAGACCACCUACCAAUCUCUCUUACGGCCAAGAAACAUUCGGGCUACCACUUCAGGGCUGUGUUACAAAGGAAGCUCUCUUCUGGCUGCCUUGGUAG